AUGAUGCCCCUGCAAGAAAUAGCUCGCCGCUUGACGGUUGGAUUGGUAACCGCCAUCCUAGCGUCCCGACAGGCUGACUUGGCUGUGUGCCAAAGAAUCUUGUAUGGCUUACACCUUGUGUGCUUGACGGUGGAACGAUACCCCGAUUUCCCACCCCAGUACUUACAUUUGGCUCUCCCGCCUUCCUUCUACUGUGUUAUUUGCAUUGAUCUCUAUGUGCUUUAUCGCGACAGCCAACGACAACGACAGAUGUGCAACAAACACUUUGACGCGCCGUUGGAUGUGGUGCUCGAGUAG